AUGCUCACGUCAUCCGAGAAGACGGAGCUGCUUCGCAUGCUUGAACAUAUUUGCAUGGUAUUGCAAAGGCAGUAUGCUCACGGCAUGUUCAAGCAUUUGAGAAAAAUGCUCACGUACUUGCAAAGGCAGCAUGCGCUUGAACUGGGCCGUGGGCACAAGACGGAGCUGGCCGACUGUGCCAGCAUCACGCAAAACGGAGGUGUGGCAGCUGGCGGUCUCUCUCGCGCCGUGGAUCCAUCGUCGUCCAGCCCAUGGUUUUGCUCCUUCCCCACCUGCACAGUCGCAUGCAUAAAUAUCCUCGCCGCGCUCACCCUUGCUUCCCCCACCACCACCACCUUUCCCUCAUCUCUUUCUUGCUUCCUACCUUCCGAGGCGUGCGCUGCAGUGAGAUUCGCGGAGCUGGUUGUGGACGAUGUUUUCACGGCGCCGUGCAACACGUCGGUCCUCUACCCGACGGCAGGAGGCAACAUGCACCGUUUCACAGCCAUCGCGCCGUGCGCCAUCCUUGACAUCCUUGGUCCCCCUUACUCCAUCGAAGAGGACCGAGAUUGCACCUACUACACGGAUGUUCCCUACUCCUCCCAGCAUCCUAGAAAGUUGAAAGUUGUUGCCAAUCUUGAUCUUAGAAGUCUAAGCUAGAUAAUCUACUAGUUCUGAAUUUACAAUGCAACUGUUAACGGUCACUGGAAAUGCAUGAGCUCACAUUCUCGCUU